AUUAUUCUUUUGCUAAUCAUCCAUCUGCAACCAUGUCCGGAAGUCAAAAACGGAUUUCUCUCAUUGCCUCUCAUUUGGCAACAUCGAGCGUCCAAAGUCGAACGUUGACUACACAGGCUGUCAAGGAAACCUUUAGAAAGCGUCAGGAUUAUAAAUAUUUCCUACCCAUACAGUCUAGAUGGAGUGAUAAUGAUUGCUAUGGACAUAUCAACAAUUCGAUCUAUUACCAUUAUUUUGAUACGAUUAUCAAUGAAUAUUUGAUUCGUAAGUGUGGACUUGAACCGGGCAGUCAAACGAAGCCGAUUGGACUGGUGGUUGCCAGCCACGCUAAUUUUUAUGCAUCUGCCUCCUAUCCUAAUCUGAUCAUGGCGGGACUUGCGGUUUCGAAGCUUGGCAAAUCCAGUGUUACUUACAGAGUCGGUAUCUUUGAGUCGGAAAAUCCUUUGGCAUGUGUGGUGGGUGGAUUUACGCAUGUGUUUGUGAAUAAUGGAGAUAGACGGCCCGUCACACAGCUUCCUGAAGAAAUCAUCACUGGUGUCAAAGACAUAGCGGAAUAAAAAAGUUUUAUUUUUAUUUUUUGUAAUUAAAAAAAAAAAAAGAGAGAGAGAGAAUAAUGUUACAAAUAGUGAGAGAAAAAAUUACGGAGUCUUUAAAAAGAGGAAGUUUUUUUUUUUGGCGGGGAGAUAGGUAUAUGAAAUGUGU